AUGACUUCAAAUGUUUCCUAUGCUGCUAUAGCAAAGUCAUUAUCUGAAGAUAAUAAAUCACAACCAAUAAAAGAUUCUAAAGCUACUACUACUACUACUACUACUACUACCCCAACAGAUUCUGUUGAAUCAACCGAUAUUUCUGAGUCAUCAUCAUCAAAUGAACAAAAUAUUGAUAAAUCCAAAUCAUCUACUUCAAAAUCUUCAUCUCCUUCAAAACCAAGUUUAGCUCCAGCUCCAAUACCUACAACUUCAGUUUGGGGAUCUUUAACAAAUAAUUUCAAUGAUUUGAAAGUUAAUGAUACUACCAACAAAAAGACUCCAUUAUUGGGUGAAUCAUCGCCGUCAAUAAAACAACAACCAAAUCAACCUAAAAAAUUUGUUAAACAACCUGCUACUACAAAAUGGGUACCUUUAGAUGUUAAUGUUACUUUACAAUCAAGAUCUUCUUCAAAACCAAGAAGUAAGAAAAGGCAUAAUAGUAAUAGUAAUAGCAAUAGUAACAACAACAGUAAUAGCAAUGGACAAUCGGGUAACAAUAAGGAAGUUAAAUCAAGACCAUCAAAGAAAAAAGAUGAAUCAAAAGAAGUUGCAUCCAAUGGAUCAGCAAAGACUACUGAAUCAUCAGAGAAAAGUGAAACAAAACCUGAAGAACCAACAAAAGAUGAAGUUAAAGAAGAACCAAAACAAGAAGUAGUUGAAGAUACACCAGAAGAGAAAUCAGUUGAAGAAGAAGCUCCAACUACUGAAGAAGAACCAAAAAAAGUUGAAGAACCAAAAGAAUCAGAACAUUCUCAAUCACCAGAACAAUCACCAGAACAUCCUCAACAACAACAAUCUCAACAUAAACCAUAUAAUACCAAUAACAAUACCAAUAAUCCUAAUAGACGUUUUAAUCCAAAUUUCAAUAAUGGUUCAGCCAAUGGUUAUCAAAAGAGAUACAACAAUAAUCAAAACAAUACCAAUGGUCCUAAUAAUCAUUAUAACAAUUAUAGUCAGACACAACAAUUUCAACCACGUCCAUAUAGAUCAAAUAAUCAUUAUAAAAAUAGAAAUUAUAAUAAUAAUAAUAAUAAUAAUAAUCAAAAUAAUCAAAAUGGAUCAAAUUCAAACAUUUCAUCACCAAUUCCAAAUUUCCAACCACAACAUUUUAAUAAUUAUGUUCAACCAAUGUAUUAUAUGCCAAUGCAACCACCUUUUAUUCCAAAUAAUUAUCAAAUACCAGGUAAUCAUCAACAAUUACCAAAUUCUUAUCAAUCUUCAAUUUAUCAACAACAACAAUUACAACAACAGCAACAACAACAGCAAGCCCCACCACCACCACCAAUUUCUCCACAACAAAAUCCUUCAGAUGCAUUGAAAUCUCAACUAAAUUAUUAUUUUAGUGAUGAAAAUCUUGUUAAAGAUUUUUUCUUAAAACAAAAUAUGGAUUUUGAAGGUUGGGUACCAUUAGAUUUAAUUUUAAGUUUUAAAAGAGUUAAAAUUAUUAUUAAUCAAGGUGGUAUUGAUUUAAAUGAUGUUUUAUUAAAUUGUGAAAAUAUUGAAAUUAGUCAAGAUGGUAAUAAAGUUAGAGCUAAUAGAUCAUAA